CCUCGCGGCGGCCUCUGUCACUCCUGUUCCGGGAGGACAACUUUGGCGGCAGACGUGGGCGGCCACUCCCUGGUGGGUGGAGCGCCGGACCCCGAGUCAGGGAGACCGCUCUCGGCGCUGCCUCACCCCUCCAGCCGCGAGAGCUUGGUCCCGGCGCUCUGCCUCCCUCCUCCCCCGCGAAAUGGGAAUAACGGCAGCGCGCAUGCCCCGGCAGCCUUGCGGGAGGGCCCUGUCGGGCUUGGGUAGCCCGAGGAAACCGGCGCCGGAGGGUGGAGGAUCCGAGUUUUAAGUCCCACUUGGGGCGUCUGGCGCCUCAUGCGCUGCUCGCGUGGCCAGAGAGAGUCUUAGCCCGGCGGAAGCAGAAAUGGUCUCUAGAUCCAAGAAACACUGCAUGGAGUAAUGAUGAGUCCAAGUUUGGCCAAAAAAUGCUGGAGAAAAUGGGAUGGUCUAAGGGAAAGGGACUAGGGGCUCAGGAGCAAGGAGCCACAGAACAUAUUAAAGUUCAAGUUAAAAACAACCAGCUUGGCCUUGGAGCCUCAGCCAAUCACGAGGACAACUGGCUGGCUCCCCAAGAGGAAUUUAAUCAACUUCUUGCUGAACUGAAUAGUUGUCAUGGACAAGAAGAAAAAGAUUUUUCGGACAAAGGGAAAAAAUCAUUUAGCCUUGAAGAGAAGUCCAAAUCCUCGAAAAGAAGAGUUCACUAUACAAAAUUUACAAAAGGAAAGGAUCUUUCUUCUCGGAGUAAAACAGAUCUGGAUUGCAUUUUUGGGAAAAGGAAAAAGAGUGAUGUUUCUAAGGAAAGUGACAGUUCAAGUACUACAAAUGAGGAAAAAGCCACUCCCACUGUGACCAGUAACCUCACUGUACAGGAAUAUUUUGCCAAACGAAUGUCGGAGCUAAAGAACAAAUCAGUAGCCAUACAGACAGCUUCUGCUGAAACCCAGUCUUUUGAAGAGAAAAGGACUAAACAGAAAAAAGAAAAAAAGAAAAGGAAAGAAGCUGAGGACUGGAACAAACUGAAGGCCAAGCAUCCCAAAAAGGAGAAUCUGGAGGAAGAGGAGGGAUGGCAUGCUUACCAUAGGUCAAAGAAAAAGACCCUUGCCGAGAACCAGGUUGGAGAUCCUGUUUACGAUCAGAGUCUCGAGGCUUCCCCUAAGGAGGGACCACUUUGUGAUGAGCAAGAACCCACUAUAGGAACUACUGCCACAGAACCAAAAAAGAAAAAAAAGAAAAAGCAAGAGAAAAUGGUCAUAGAAUCUGACCAAGAGCAAACAUCAGAAAAGGGAGCGGGGAGCAAGAAGAAGAAGAAGAAAAAGAAAGGUCUUGAAUAAAGAACUUUUCCUUACUUGGAUUUUCAUGUCAUUUGAAUGUCAUAAUACUUUUGGUGCAGCCUUAUGAAAAAGAAGAGAAAAGAAAGAAGCUUUGGCCUGAAGUCAGUGAAGAGUUUACCAAGAUGAUUUGUUCACAUCUUUUAACAUGCCCAUGAUUGCUGGGUCUCGCCCUCUCAUCACAUUUUUCCCAACUUAAAAAAAAAAUUCCCAGAAGAACUUGAAAAACAAUCCAGAUCAUGUCUGUGAAACAAGAUUAUUUUUAAGACCCUGGAUCCUACAUUGUUUAUAUAUCUGGGAGGUGGGGAGGAGAGUAGAGGAGAAAGAAACAUAUGUGAGGUAUAGAUGCCUUUGCAUAUACACACACAGAUAUUUGAAUUUUCCACUAUUUCCUUUGGCAAUAAUAAAUUAUGCUUCCUUUUGAAAGAUUUGCCCUAAUUAAAGGAUUAUGAGUCGAUGCUGAAGAAUAUAACCAAAUAGUUCCCUAUUGUUCUCUAGCCAACCAAUAUAUUUGUGCCAACUAGGAAUUAUGUGAUUUUUUUUUUAAAUUUGUUUUUGCCUCAGAUUAGCAUUCUCUAUGGGUAUUUCUGUUGCUUCUCUUCCACUGAGCAGUGGCUAAGAAGCAUUCCAAAGAUUCUAGAUGGAUUUGAAUUAUUAAUAUGGUAGUUGUGUUCUGAUAAGUGUUGUUUGUGUCUACAUUGAAUUUUGUCUUUUCUUCAAAUAGUCUUUGAGCUAUUUGCAUAUUUGGUUGUACCUGAUGCCAAAUAAGCCAUAACUUUGGAAUAAUAUUACUAGACAAUCCCUGCCCUAAUUAUAAGGAUCAGAUUUGCAAAAUCUACCAAAAUAAAAUAAAAACUGAAAACUAAACAUUUUCAAAUUAUUAACUUCAUAUUGAAAUUGAACUUAUUCUUUGUUUUACAUCUCAGGUCACUGCUAUGUAGAAGUUAUCAAAUUAAACAUUAAAAUUUUUUCUCCAUUUGAGUCUUACUCAA